GUCCCUCAGCUCUUCAGCUCAAGGAAUAAUGUAUUUGUGGCCUUGGACAUGAAGUAAUCAGUCCGCUGCUGUUUACAUAGAUCAGGGACUGAUGAGAAAAGCAUGGACCUAAUGAACGGGCAGGCAAGCAAUGUUAAUAUCCCAGCUACUGCUUCUGAGAAAAGUAGCAGCUCUGAAUCCUUAAGUGACAAAGGUUCUGAAUUGAAGAAAAGUUUUGAUGCUGUGGUAUUUGAUGUUCUUAAGGUUACACCAGAAGAAUAUGCGGGUCAGAUAACACUAAUGGAUGUCCCAGUAUUUAAAGCUAUUCAACCAGAUGAGCUUUCAAGUUGUGGGUGGAAUAAAAAAGAAAAAUACAGUUCUGCACCAAAUGCAGUUGCCUUCACCAGAAGAUUUAAUCAUGUAAGCUUUUGGGUUGUGAGAGAGAUUCUUCAUGCUCAAACAUUAAAAAUUAGAGCAGAAGUUUUGAGCCAUUAUAUUAAAACUGCUAAGAAGUUGUAUGAGCUUAAUAACCUUCACGCACUCAUGGCAGUGGUUUCUGGCUUACAGAGUGCCCCGAUUUUCAGGUUGACUAAAACAUGGGCGCUCUUAAGUCGAAAAGACAAAGCUACCUUUGAAAAAUUAGAAUAUGUAAUGAGUAAAGAAGAUAACUACAAAAGACUCAGAGACUAUAUAAGUAGCUUAAAGAUGACACCUUGCAUUCCCUAUUUAGGUAUCUAUUUAUCAGAUUUAACGUACAUUGAUUCAGCAUACCCAUCAACUGGCAGCAUUCUAGAAAAUGAGCAGAGAUCAAAUUUAAUGAAUAACAUCCUUCGAAUAAUUUCUGAUUUACAGCAAUCCUGUGAAUAUGAUAUUCCAAUGUUGCCUCAUGUCCAAAAAUACCUGAACUCGGUCCAAUACAUAGAAGAACUACAAAAGUUUGUGGAAGACGAUAAUUACAAGCUGUCAUUAAAGAUAGAACCAGGAACAAGCACACCACGUUCUGCUGCUUCCAGGGAAGAUUUAGUAGGUCCUGAAGUAGGAGCAUCACCACAGAGUGGUAGGAAGAGUGUGGCUGCAGAAGGAGCCCUGCUCCCUCAGACACCCCCGUCCCCUCGGAGCCUGAUUCCACAUGGACACAGGAAGUGCCAUAGCCUGGGCUAUAAGUCAGCAUCUGAAUUUUGUUUGUGUUUUAUUCAUAAAAUGAACACAGCAGAGUUUAAGAGUGCAACAUUCCCAAAUGCAGGCCCAAGACAUCUGUUAGAUGAUAGUGUCAUGGAACCCCAUGCUCCAUCUCGAGGCCAAGCUGAAAGUUCUACUCUUUCCAGUGGAAUAUCAAUAGGUAGCAGUGAUGGUUCUGAACUAAGUGAAGAGACCUCAUGGCCUGCUUUUGAAAGGAACAGAUUAUACCAUUCUCUCGGCCCGGUGACAAGAGUGGCACGAAAUGGCUAUCGAAGCCACAUGAAGGCCAGCAGUUCUGCAGAGUCAGAAGAUUUGGCAGUACAUUUAUAUCCAGGAGCUGUUACUAUUCAGGGUGUUCUCAGGAGGAAAACUUUGUUAAAAGAAGGCAAAAAACCUACAGUAGCAUCUUGGACAAAAUAUUGGGCAGCCUUGUCUGGAACACAGCUUUUUUACUAUGCUGCCAAAUCUCUGAAGGCUACAGAAAGAAAACAUUUCAAAUCAACAUCAAAUAAGAACGUCUCUGUAGUCGGAUGGAUGGUGAUGAUGGCUGAUGACCCAGAACAUCCAGACCUCUUCUUAUUGACUGACUCUGAGAAAGGAAAUUCAUACAAGUUUCAAGCUGGCAGUAGGAUGAAUGCCAUGCUGUGGUUUAAACAUUUGAGUGCAGCCUGCCAAAGUAACAAACAACCGGUUCCUACGAACUUGAUGACUUUCGAGUAAAAGCCUAAGAGAAAGUGAAGGUAAACCAUUAGGACCUGAGGAAACAGCGCCAGCUGCAAACCAUCCUGUGCCAGGAAGAGCCCUGAGCUGCAUCAGCCUUUGGAGUUCUGAACCAAAAAAGCACUAAUUUCAGGGAAUGAAGUGAAAUAUUCCCAGAGAACAAUUUGGAGUUGCAAAAAAAAAAAAAAAAACUGCCAUAAACCAUGCUUCUUAACUCAAACUGACUUGUGGAAACCACUGCCUUAAAAGAAUGAAAGGAAAACCAACAUGAAACACCAAAUAGUGUGUGUGAAUCUUCUGGCGGUGCUGUGCUUGGAAUAGAUUGUAGCUAAGUUGCAUUUCUUUUAAUUUUGUAAUAAUUUUGGAGGGGGAACCACCUUUUUAGAUACACUUUAAAAAGGAAAAACAUAUUUCUUAGGGAUUAUAUGAGGAGCUGGUUUUGAACUGCAGCUGACACAUUUAAUUUCGUAGGGACUAUACCAGCAGCCCACUUAUAGUGUGUGCACUCUCCUUUGUUUUCGCACUGCAAGAGUAUAGAAAUGGGAAAUGUUAGUAAGUCAUGUGAGUUAUCAGGGUUUGGUUGGGAUAAGGGGCUUGUUGGUUUUGUGUUGAAUGAGGGAAGAUCUUUUUAAACUGUAAACUUUGGAAAUUAGUACCUUGUAGGGAACAUUAUUUCCACAAAAGCUGAGUGUUCAUAUGCCAGAGUAUUUUUAAGUAGGCUCCAGAACACAUGGUUGCUUCUAACUAAGGUUAAUGCUUAGUUUCAUUUAUGAAGUCAUUGUUCAGCCAUAGAUCUGCUUAAUAGAAAACUAUAAUCCCAAACUAAAGUUUCCUGAGAUCUUAGAAUAACUAGAUUUUUUUCAAGUUAAUCGAAUUAUCUCUUUUAGUCAGUUUUUUUUUUUUAACAUCAAGGGUGAUACUAAUAUUUUGCCAGGAUACUUUCUUUUACAGUGUUUAUUGUGCAUAAUGCCAGAGUUAUUUUUUUAUUCAUUUUUGUUAAGUAUGAAAGUCAAGACCUAUUUGUUUAAAAGAUACUUCAUAUAUGUCUUUUACCUUAAGACAAAAUAAUCAUAAGGAUAAAGGCUGAAUUUGAGGUUCUAGGAAUUUUAGCCCUUUCCUCCUUAUGUAACUCACCAUUUUUCUGAAAGCUUACUAUAGGUCUCUGACAUAAACCUUAUUUUUCUGUAAUUGACCAAGCCAUUUUGAGAGAGUUAGUCUAUGCAAUAGUGCAUUUUAAUUUCUAAAAUAAGUAUUGAUCUUAAGAAGUCUUGAAGGUGAGAUACCUUGGGAUUUUUUAACAAGAAAUAACUCUUGAAUAAAGAUUCUAUGUUGAAUGUUA